GGACACGCGGCAAGGGAUAGGCCCAGGAGAAAUGGAGUCCAAAGUGGAACAAGGAGUGAAAAAUCUCAACAUGGAAAAUGACCAUCAGGAAAAGGAGGAAAAGGAAGAAAAGCCACAGGAUGCUAACAAAAGGGAGCCGGUUGUAGCCCUGCCUUUUGAAGCUGGAGAAUACUACGUGCCUAGAGGAAGUCGCAGGCGGUUCCGCGUUAGGCAGCCCAUUUCCCACUAUAGAUGGGACCUGAUGCACAGGGUUGGAGAGGCCCAGGGCAGGAUGAGAGAGGAGAAUGUGCAAAGGUUUGGGGAGGAUAUGAGACAGCUCAUGGAGAAGUUGAGGGAGAGGCAGCUGAGCCAUAGUCUGCGGGCGGUGAGCACUGACCCCCCUCACCAUGACCACCAUGAUGAGUUUUGCCUUAUGCCCUGAGUCCUGAGGUUGUCUCUGAAGAUGCUACGGGGACCCCUGCUUUCAAAACUUACAUGUUUGUGAUGUACUGUUGUAAUAUUUUUGGUGUUACUCGUUCCCCAUGGGUCUCCAGUUCUGCCAGCUUCUAAUUGAAAGUUGUGUCUUUGACUCAGUCUUAUUUUUUUUUUUUGUUAGCAGAAUUUAUCUAUUGCAUGGGAAGAUGCUCAUUAUAUAUUGUGAAUCUAAUAAAGCAAAUUUAAAAGGCUA